AUGAUCUUGCUGCGGAUUAUUGUAAUAUUUGCUGCUUCACCGAUAGCGCUCGCUCAAGUCGAUGAUUGUAUGAAAAAUAGCAGCAGAUGUGAUUAUAAAAGCAGCAUACGUCAACUGUCUCAAACCUUGGGCAGCAAGUUUUCCGAAUUUGUUAUAAAAGAGUUAGGAAGUGAGUAUACUUCGCAUUUAGAACUGCGCACAGCUUAUAAAAUGGGUUGUUACAGUACAGACAGUGACAUUCUCUCAAGUAUAGUUGAUAAACUCAGUUAUAAACUGUCUUCAGCAAAAAAUUUGCUUUUAGAAAUGAAAGACACCAUCAAUCUAAACAAAACUUCGUCUUUUACUCACCCUUGCCCAUUUAAUUCUAUUCGGAAGUCAGUAUUUAUUAAAACAAACUAUGCUUCGGAAGACACCAGAACGAAAAUGCUCGACCGAUUCAAAGAUUUGAAGAUAAAAAGACAAUACUUUCUUGCCCAUAUGGAUUAUGCCACAGAUAAAGAUUGUACAAAUAUGCCACAUUCAAGCUUAAGAUAUCUAUACCACAAAGUGGUUCACCGAGACUCAAAAUUAGUAAUAUUUAUUAUUGACAACAACAUGAGGAUAGAGUCUCUUCAGCAUGCAAUAAGUAUAGCUAAGGAAACUGUUUAUGCUCUACAAUCUACUGAUAAGAUUGCACUAAAGGUAACAAAUAUGACAAGUUUUAUAAAAUUUGAAGAUAUGUGCAGCAGUGACGGAGUAGCUAACAUUGGAAAUGCAACUGAAAACAACAAGUUAUUGUUUCGUGAAUAUCUUUCUACAAUAGAUUUUUCUUCAACGAGCCUUCCUCCACAAGCCAUAGGAAUGGAGUUAAAAAGUUUAUUCAAUGAAUCACAUUUACCAGAAAACAAAUUAGUAAUUUUUCUGACAGAUACUAAAGUUGUUGAAAACGAUAUAUGGCUCAAAGAUUUUCCACAUUCCAAAAAUAAUGUCAAGUUUGCUAUUGGUUUAUUGUAUGAAAAUUAUAUUGGCAAAAACUGUUCAUUAGGAAUUUUACACUUUGACAAAUGGCAUAAUCAUUCAAGUGAUCAUUCCGUUUUAAAAAUGCAUAUCAACAGCAGUGGAGUCAUUGGGCAAGUAGCUUCAGCUUUUCUAUCAUUAUUACCGAGUAACUAUACAAAUAAUCUAAGACUUGAAACACCUGUAUGGGAAGCGACAGAAAGAGAUUUUGUUGUUUCUAUGGUGCAUCCAACUGUCAAUGGGAUACUGGGGUUAGAUCUAUACUGGUCAGAUUUAGCUGAAGAUAUUAUCUAUUUCAAGGGUUCUAAUAAACAAAGAAGAGCAUUUGUGAUAGAUUUUUCUGGUACAGUACUAAUGCACACCUAUUUUCCUAGACCAGAGGCUAUUUCAGAAAAAAUAAAAUUUACUUGUUUAGAAAGCAUUGAGUCACAUGCAUCUAUCAAAGCUAUUGUGCAAGAAAUGCUACUAAGAAGUUCUGGUAAUAUAACAGUAAGUCCAGCAAACUCUACUGCUGAAUUGACUUAUUCUUGGCAGUGGGUGAGAGAUAUGUAUAUUGCCUGUGUGGUAUCUGAAGAGUCUGUUGUCAAUUUAUUCAAUAAGUCUAACAUGUUGUUUUCUAGAACAAACAAAGAGAUUCUAUUUCAUAGAUUAGACUUAUUUCCUCCUAAAAAUGGUAAAGUUUGCAGGCAUUUUAAACAAAUAGCUACGAUUGAUCAGGGUACUGUGUACUUAAGUCCCUCUAGUUUCCAAUCGCCAUUUACUUAUCUUUAUGAUAUGAAUGACGGUGAGGAGGCUAUAACGUACAUGCAAAAUUACUUAGCUUAUCUUAGAAGCGUUGCUCACGGUCUGUUGUCAAAUCCCGGAUUAAAAAACGAAAUACAACAUGAUGUUGGAUUUCUAAAUUCAUUGUUGUCAUUUUACAAAAGACAACACUUACACGGUCACCUUGCAAAAUAUAUUGUUCGAAGAUAUGCAGUUACAGAAAGCGGUGUACUCGUAAUGUUUCCGGGAACAGUGCUCGAGUACGACUAUGAACCCGUUAGAAGACCUUGGUAUACAAGUGCUGUUGAAAAUCCUGGAAAAAUUAUUUUGACUUCUCCAAAUUUAGAUGUUGGUGGAGCAGGGUAUGUUGUUACACUUUCUUAUUCCGUUAUAAGUCCCCUUUAUCCCACCAUGGUUGUAGCUAUGGAUCUAACUAUGGGUUUUCUGUAUAAACUACUUAUGGAUAGUUCCGAUCUAUGUGGCAUGGCGUACAACAAAUGUUUUAUAAUGAAUAAUAGAGGCUACUUGGUAUCUCACCCUGGUUUAAUGGACCCAAAUAGUUCAGGUCCAAUCGAACAGCAACAUAUCACACAUAAAGAAUCAAUGAUAGCCAUUGAUAUGUUGAAUCACAAGGGAUUUGUUACGAAGAGGUUGUGCAAUAACUUCUAUGAUAAAACAAUUCAACGCUAUUAUGACUUCAACACUUCUCUACCAAGUGUAUUAUCCAAUUUGGUGUCCGGUGAUCAUUGUGUUCAUUAUUAUAUAGCUGCUAUACCUGGGACUAAUGCAUUUAUAGGCUUAGUUAAUGCGUCGUGUAAUGUCGGUGCUUUUUGUCCAUGCAGUAUGGUAGAUCGUUUAUGCUUGAACUGCAAUCGAAUGGAGCAAACCGAAUGCGAAUGCCCCUGCGAAUGCAGCUCGGAAAUGUACGAAUGCCCCAGCUCGAACGCGUCCAACUUCAACCAGAAUAUACCGCUGUGCGGUAUGAAUCCCGAGAGCAACAACCACAAGUCGCAUUAUUUUCACAACGUUGCUGAAAAUCUUAAGUCCUGCUUCGACUUCCAAUGCGAAGCUUAUCUCACGCACUCGACUUGUUUGGGCGUAAUGGGCUGCGAGUGGUGCCAAAUUGACGCCGACGGCAAGUCCCCACUAAUAACGCCAUUCUGUACUUCGCUAUCGACGUGUUUCAAUGGUGUUUUGGGUGCCGUUACCCCGUACGGUGAGGGCACUUUUGGUCAUAUAAAUAGGGACGCGUUCGCGAGUUACUCCACCAUCGGGCCCGUGGCCGGUUUCAUAGUGACGGUGAGCUUAAUAAUAGCCGUGGCCAUUUAUUGCUAUAGACAAAACACCUCCAGCGCCAGCUGUCAUAACUUAUACGUCGACGGUCCAGCGGAAACAUGGCACGACGCCGAUGUGCAAAUGAGCCAUCUCCAUUCGGACGAUAUGCCGGAUCUCUCCGGUCAAGACAAGUUGUUGGCGCCGAUGGAGAUCGAGGCUCCCAUAUCGCCGUAUCGGGUGAUAACGGGGUAUAGACGUCCGCACACCGCCGGCGGCUCGGACCAAGGCUAUUCUACUAUGACUCCUCACGAGGAUUCUGAAGCCACCGGCUUUUCCGUUAACGACCCGACGGUUUUGUCCGACGACACGAAGUCUGACGUCAGUUUCCCUCCUCCAGCUAAAGUUAAGCCAAGACUCGUGCCAACUGACCUAUCCGUAACAGUUUUACCGUGUGGAAAAAAUAGCGUUAUCGCCCCGGUCACCGUCCACAGACAUAUGGAGGCGUCUUAG